UGUUAUAGUUCCUUCGCAAGCUUAAUUGUUAAUCCAAAAACUAUUAGCGGUUACAGCGAGAUUCGAAGAUAACGUCUUGUUAUUGUUAGUUUUAGUGAGCGAGUUUGUGCUUGCAUCGACAAUUAGUUACAAGUUGAAGUUAUGAGAAGUUUAAGAUUGUUAAAGGCACAAUGAUACAAAAAAAUUUUAAUUCAAAGUUGAACGAAUAUAAUCAGUUAUAAAAUUUAUGCGAACAAAAAGUAUAACGCGACGCUAAGUAAAUACCCUCGAGUAAUUAGUUGAGAAAAGUUCCAACCGCUGCACAAUAUUUUUUGUUAUAAUUUGUACUGUGUAAUUUGUUAAAACCUUUUGAGAUAAUGGCUUUUUUCGAGAUGAGGGAAUUUUCGUACCCUCACUUAACAAAGGAAAAUACACGUGUCUAUUAACUCAGCCCGGGGUGUAUAAAAAUCUUGAUGAACAAAAAAAAAGUUGAAACACUGUUGCAGUUAGUUUCUCUACGCGACCGUCAAGUUGCUUAUCAAGAAAAAUAUACGAGUGUCAGGCGCAAACUCUUGUGGUACCACGAGUCCACAAUGGAAUUGUGGUGCCGAUUUUUCCUGCAUAAGCAGCAGCAGCAGUAACAGAAGCUCUAAAAUAGAGCCAGUUCUAUCCUGGUGUACAAAGAAAAAGUUUAGUGCUUUAAAACAUCAGAGUGAGCCCGCGUUGAACCAGAUGUCAUGGAAUAUAAUCUACAUCGUUGUAAAGUCUGCGUAAAAUCCACAGAUUGAACACAGUUAAGGACUGCUGUUGCUGCUGCACGGCCAAAAUGAACGACAGCAUCGGCGUCGGCGACAACGACGACGACGAGCUGCUGCUGUUCUACGGUAAUCUGAGCGACUACGACUGCCGCUCGAUCCUCGAGGCGAACGCGCUGGGCAGCUACCAGCCGCUGGCCUACGUCAUGUACUCGGUGAUCUUCGUGCUGGCCCUGUUCGGCAACGCCCUGGUCUGCUACGUGGUCUGCUGCGCCUCGCACAUGCGUAACGUCACCAACUACUUCAUCGUGAAUCUCGCCAUCGCCGACAUACUCAUCGCCCUGUUCUGCAUACCGACGAGCUUCGUCAGUACCCUCACUCUGCAGUACUGGCCGUUCGGGCCCCAUCUCUGUCCCGUCGUCAAUUACUUGCAGGCGGUCGCGGUUCUGGUCAGUGCCUACACUCUGGUCGCCAUCAGCGUCGAUCGCUUCGUGGCGAUCGUCUGGCCGCUGAAGCCGAGACUGAGCAAGUCUCACGCGCUCCAGUUCAUACUGGCCAUAUGGGUCCUGGCGCUGUGCAUCUCCCUGCCGAUCGUGCUGGUCUCCGGCCUCAAAGCGCCGAGCGAGCACUACGAGUACUGCAAGCUCGCCAUGUGCAUGGAAAACUGGGAGGAUCCCAAGAGGAGGUUCCAUUAUUCUACGAUGAUGUUAAUACUGCAGUAUGCAUUUCCACUCGGUAUACUGGUGCAUUCGUAUUCGGUUAUUGCAAUUUUCGUUUGGGGCAACAAGCCACCAGGAGAGGCCGAGAACAAUCGGGAUGAACGUUUUGCUCGAUCUAAAAAAAAGAUGAUAAAAAUGAUGGUACUGGUGGUGAUCGUCUUCACAAUAUGUUGGCUGCCUUACAACAUACUCGUGCUGCUGCUCGACCGCGAGGAAAACGGCAUCGACACGUGGGAGGGCAUGCCGUAUUUAUGGGCAUGUCUCCACUGGCUGGCCAUGUCUCACGCCUGCUACAAUCCUGUGAUUUACUGCUGGCUGAACUCUAGAUUUCGCAGCAGCUUCUUCGUGGUGCUGAAGCAACUGCCCAUCAUACGCCUGAGGAUCCGCGAUCGCGAUAACGUCAACUACACCAGCGCAGCUGGAGGCCAAGGUAAUCCAAAUCAGUGCGGAUUGAGGAGAGUUAAUACCUGCACGACAUACAUCCGAACAUUUAAUAAUAAUAAUGUUACACAACCCGCCCGAAGCGCUAGUUUUCGUUGCAACAAUGAAUCAAUUAGAAUAACAUCGAUAUCCGUUCAAAGGCAACACGCUCAUCUGGGCACCCAGGCUGAAGAACCUGUAUAA